AAGGUAAGAAAGAAAGUGAAGGGGAUGCAGGGCGACCGCCAGUGAGAACCCGCAAUUCGCAAUAUCCUCCAUCUCAGCAGCAGGCCACGUGACAGACCACGCGCGGCCACCAGCGCCAACAUGGAUGUCAAAGCUGCAAGUCCCCGAACAUUACGUGAGUGGUCGAUGGAAGCUGACUCGCUGGCUGACGAAAGGAGUUGUUGGGAUGGGAGGUGGGGGAUGUUGGGGGCAGGGGCAGUGAGUGAGAGAGAGAGAACCAUCUCAACCCUCCUUUCUCUCCUCAUUGCUUGAUGGGGAAGCUUACACUCGGCUUCGUCUGAUAUUCUGGUGGCAACACCCUCCUCUACUCCAACUUGAAACCGCCGUGGACAUUCAGGUGUGAGCGUGGCGCUGGUGUCCCUCCGUGCCCAGUCUACAACACCCACGCUCCUACACCUCCAUCUGUCUUCCUCAAACCCACCCCCAACCCCCUUUCGCACCCCUUGCCUUCUUCUUUCCGAAACCACAGUCCUUGCAGUCUCCGGAGGGACUUGGAACAGUUUGACUUCAUCGCACGGGAACCAAAGAAGCAGUUUGAUGCGUCACAUCUAACUGUACGAUCGUUACUCAUACGUCACGUAACGACCAGCUCCCCCUUUCACGUCAUACCAGAGCUUAGGAUUUAUUCUACCCCAGCUUUUAGCUGGGUAUUAUUUUUUAUCCUCGUGGGGUAGGCCAGAAUGUAGUGGAUCCUCGCUGAUUCGGAGGCGUGUCCGGCAACGGUUACUACCAACUGACAGGACAUCAGCGCUGACGUCACGUUGGUGUCCUCUCUUCGCUGCUCUCUUCAUCGUGAUCGUGAAGCAUAAUUCUUGAUAUGUAAAGAAGGAGAACUUACUUAGCCAGCAGCUUUAUCUUGCGAUGAAAAGUGUGAAAAGCAAAGUACAGAACAAUGACAAGCAGCCUGGUGAACAUUAGGUGUUCAGAAUGAACUGGUCUGGCCAUGGUUUGCUUUGUGCGUAGGUGUGUGUGGUUUAAAGGUUACCUUUAAGAACUAAUGACAACAGGGAAACGGUGAAGGCGAGACGAUGCUGCCACCUGUCUAAUGUAUCUUUAGAAGCAGCUGCAAGAGCCCGAAGUCUCCUCCCGACUCCGCCAGUCACUCGUCGAUACUCCUUGUGACCAUGUUGCCGACGACAGAAUCAGUAUUUAGCUUCAACAGUACAGACCCUAUGAUCAUCAUCAGAAGCUGGAAGGAUCUGUACCUGGUUGUCCUCCAUUACCUGCCCCUGGCUUUUGCUGUCGACCGUUACACGACGCCCGUGUGGUGUCUUGUUGGCUUCAUUGGCAACAUCAUCUCCGUUCGCAUCUGGAUCCGCAGACGAAUGAGAAAAUGCAACAGCUCCGCCGCAUACCUGGCAACAUUGGCCGUCUCAGACCUCCUGUUCUUAGUGUUGCUGGUGCCCUAUGAACUCCAGUAUCCGUGGAUGAUGGGGACCCUGGACCUGCAAGGCUGGUGCCAGGUGUGGAAUGUUCUGUACAUGACCACACAAUAUGUCUCUCUUCUCCUCGUAUGCGCCUUCACGGUUGAGAGAUUCCUGUCAGUGUGCAGACCCUUUGAUUGUCAGCGGUUUGCCAAAACCUCGCGGUCGGCAAAAAUCAUCGUCGGCAUCAUCUGUCUGUCUGUGGUGCUCUCCCUUCCCCAGGCGCUCUUCUGGUCAGUCAGCCCGGAGACGCGGGAGUGUCAGGUGAGGACGGACGAGCUGCAGCACCUGGAAAGCAUCUACGAGUUCUGGAACUGGACCUCGGAGAUCGUCAUGUUCGGCCUGAUGCCCAUCAUCGCUCUGGUCCUCAACAUCUGCGUGCUGCGCCAGAUCCGCACGGUAGGCCGCCUGUACAUCACCGAGGCCUCCAGCUCCCUGGCUCGCGACCACGUGCAUACCAGCGCGCGCUGCGUCACCACCACCGUCACGCUCAUGUGGAUCUCUUUCUACCUCAUCGUCACCAAGCUUCCGGUGACCAUCACGUUCUCCAUGCAGACCAGCAUCACCUUCGGCCAGGAGAUGACCCUGGAUGCCAUGGCUACGGACCCCACCUGGCAGCGCUACCUGACUUACUUCACGGCGAGGAAGAUUAUCGAGGAGAUCGGCAUCUCGCACCACGCCUGCAACAUCUUCAUCUACUGCGCCACCAGCAGGCAGUUCCGCCGCCACCUCAAGUCUCUCUGUUUCCAUUGCCUGUCGUGCACGGAGUACGAGUACCCGGGGUCUGGCCGGGUACCCGCCUCCAACCGAACUCACAAGCACCGUAUAUAGUGUGCGCAGUGUGUGUAGCUGUCUAUGUAGUCCCCCCUGUUCAUGACCAGACUUCAGACCACAAAAACCUGGAUACUAUCCACAGAGUGGUUCACUUUGUGACUUUAACAACAAGACAUCUUCAGUUUGCACUCUUGUAGAGAUGGCUUUGAUGAUAGUCGCAUGUGCAGAAUAACAUAUUUCAGAGUGAAACUUUUGCUGCGCUCUUCUAAACAAGUUUUGGUGAUAUUUGUAUGACAAUGACGCCAGACUCCUAAACAUUCGUAUUUGCUAAUUCUUUCAUUCUUAAUUCCAUUUACAAUUAUCCUUCUCCUGAAUUUAAUAGAGAGCUGAGUAAGGUAAACGAAAUACUGAAUGUGAUUGCGAAAAUGUAUGUCAUUUGAGUGAAAUAAUAUGACCACUAAACAUACAGAGCAAGACUAUAAAAAUGCGAGUUUUAUACUGACAAAGAAGUGAAAGUUUGUCAGUUUAUAGAAAUGCCUCUGUGUCAUGUUACAAACAUUUGCUGGCUGUCACUCACAUGUACAGCUCUCGUUAAACAUGAAUAAUGCACGUGAGGCACAACAGGGGAGCAUCUCCUGCACCAAGCAUAUGAGAAUAAAAAUGAUGUGUGUCGUACUUUGAUG